AUGUCGACAUCGACAGUUGAAGCGAAUGCGAAUGCGAAUGCGAUUGCGAACUCGAAUCCGGCCAAGGGAGGGGAACGAGAACGAGAAGGAGAGACAUCGUGCCGUAAACGACAACACCACCAUCAAAAUCAAAGUCGACAUCAUGUCAAACCAAAAGAAAUCGAGUUCAUCCUUAUGAGAGGAGACGGGAGUAUGGAUAAAGAUCGACUCAGUCAGAUUCGUUCUCAUACGACGAGAGAACAGCACAACCGACGGCGAAGGAAUGACGAGGAAUUGAAAAUGCUUCUCCGAAAGAAAUGCGACCAUUUUGGUAUUUUGACCUUUGGCGCAGAAUUCGAUGCGUUGAGGUGUUUGCCGCAAUUACAAAUUGAGAGGCAGUCGCCGGGGGUAUUGAAUAGAGUUAAACGGAAUGUAUUCCUCGAUUUCGGACAAGAACGAAUGAACAACACCGUCUGGCCUAUGGGUACACACGACCCCACAUUCUUCACCGGCAUGCUUCUUAUGAGCUCAACUCAACUUGAUGGCAAGACUUCGGGUCAGAUGAGUUCAGUGACGACGGCAUUGAAACUCGAAGCGAUUAAUCAUGUUCGUUCGACGAUUCGACAGUUGACUCCGGAGUCGAUUGUGGGAUGUAUUGCCGCAGUGGCGUGUAUGGCGAUUUGUGGGUUGGUCCGAGGUGGACAAGAAGCAGCCGCCGAAUAUCAGCAUCAUCGAUACGCCGGCGCAACAUUACUGGCACAAGCUCGUGAAUGGAAAUUAAGUGAGAAAUCGAGCUUUUACAGGACCGUCCUGGCACUGGUUACAAUUGGCCUUGUCAAACGAAGAUGUCACAUCCCCGUACGGGGAUUAGCCAUGGCCUCAUUACCACCUCUCACCCACGCAACCGUGAUAUCAGAAUACGGCGAACGGCUCGAGGACCCAACCCGACCACGAACCAAUCCCGAUCCACGACUCUACUCACCCGUCUACGAUGGUCGAAUCAAUCCGAAAGAAGAAGACCCAUUUCCUCACGUCCAAUCACCACAUCUCCGCGACUUACUAGAACAAAUGUCAACAAUCGUCAAGAUCAAAAUCGAACAAAGCGACACUACCACCCAGACUCCAUCGCAAACCCAAGAUAAAGCCCCAUCUUACUCCUCAGACCCCAUCCUCUUCCAGAAACUCUGCCAAAACAUCCUCACCAUCCCAUCCCCCACUCAACGCACCACCCCUUUUCCUAACGACCACGUCUACGAAACCUGUCGCCUCACGUCGGUUUUCCUCGUCCGCUCCCUCCUAACCGGACGAAGUUGGCAAGCACUUGGAUCGGAGGGAACCGCCGUAGCGGAUCUAAUGCAUUCACUGUAUGCUUCCGACCCCGGAGCGGAUUUAUGGGUCUUCCCAAUUGAAGUCAACCUACGCGCCACCUUCCAGACUCAGCGGUCUCGGAUGGCUACAGCCCCAAAGACAAUAGCGCGCCAGCCUCGAAUCUUUCCAACCGAAGGCUUUGAGAUACUACCAUCAAAUGAAAUCAUCGAAGAGGAGACUGUUCCAAAUUACAAGGCUGAAAGAUUUUAUCCUGUCCGACUCGGCGAGGUCUUUCAAUCUAGAUAUCAGAUCGUCGCCAAGUUGGGCUUUGGCACUGCAUCCACGGUUUGGCUUUGUCGGGAUCUCAAGCUUGACCUAUACCGUGUUUCAGGUAAUUGGAUCGCCCCGACGCCAAUCCCCGAUCAAACACUGGAAAUCCGUGAGAAGCGUCAUGUUGGUAGAGAGAAGGAGCUGCUCCUUGCACUUGCUCGCAAGAUCCUGCGUUGGCUUCCCGAGGAUAGGCCGUCGGCGGAAGAGCUUUUCGAGGAUGAGUAUCUGAAGCAAUCUGUACCUAGAUAG